GAUGUUGAAAAUGAUCUUCAAUCAGACAUCAGUUGAGCACUGCAAGACUCACACUGAAAAGCUGAAAGAAUGCAACUUCUUCUUAAUAGCUGUUCGCCUGGCUUCACUGAACCAGAUCUUGGAUCCCUGGGUUUAUCUGCUGCUAAGAAAGAUCCUUCUUCGAAAGUUUUGUCAGAUCAGGCACCACACAAACAACUAUGCAUCCAGCUCCACCUCCUUACCCCACCAGUGCUCCUCAACCUUGAUGUGGAGUGACCAGUUGGAAAGAUAAUGAAAGAACGGAGCUGACUUUUUAUUGAAAUUCCUGCUUCCCUGAGUUUGUGUGUUUCUUCCCACCUGAGAAGGAGAAUUUAUGUUUGAUUUGGAUUGUUUCUUCAUUUUCAUCUUUUUAAAAAAUUUAAUGUUUUUUUUUGCCAGUAAUACCCACUGAAAGCAGGUUUAUGAUCAUAAUUUGUGCCUUUGAGUGUUAAAUUGGCUUCUGGGACUAGGUUUUGAGGACAUUUUUAAGAAGCUGGGGGUGAUUUCACAGAUAAUGAUUGGUGAAAAAGUGAGAGAAAAACCCAUUUUCUAGGAGUUUUCCCGCAACUUCAAACCUUUGCCUGAAUCUCAACCAGUGUGGACAUCUUUGCAUUUUAUGGUAGUUUUGAUUUUAUAAUGAGUUUGAAAAAAUCAGUAUAAGCUUUCAACAGUGAAAAGUCAACAUUUUGAGAGAAAGAAUUCAAUUAAUAGGACAUAAACUUUAAUGGGAUAGAAGAGGGUGCCGGAUGGAGGCAAGAGGGCAUCGUGACAAAAGAUACUUAUGCCAGAUGUGUGAUGAAUGUAUUGGAGAUACCGUGUCCCUCUGGGCUAAGCUUGGAACUAAACAUCUUUAGGUCUGUA